AUGGCAGAGUCGCUCGAGUACAAGCUCCUCUACUGGCCUCAGAUCCCAGGCCGAGGCGAGUUCAUCCGACUCUGCUUCGAAGCCACCGGCGUUCCAUACACGGAAGAGAACUCGGUUCCUGAACUGCAAGCCUUGCUCUUGAACAAGGACGAUGAGGGCAUCGGAGCUCCUCACUUUGCUGUUCCCAUUCUAGGCGUCCGCGACAGUAACACAAAGACCACUGGCGGUAUCGAGCACUACAUCAGCCAAACUCCAGCGAUCUUGAGCUUCCUCGCUCCCCGACUCGGUCUGCUUGGCGAUGCGAACAAGCUGCAGGGCUUCGAACGCGAUGUGGCUGUGGCCCAGAUUAACCAGCUCACUUUGACGGCUCUCGACCUCAACAACGAGACGCACGACACGCAUCACCCCAUCUCGGUCUCGUCGUACUACGAGGACCAGAAGGAGGAAGCCAAGCAGCGAGCUGCCGACUUCCGCGCCAAUCGCCUACCCAAGUUCCUGCAGGUCUUCGAGCUGGCCCUGGGGCCCAACGAGGUUGGGCUGGAUAGGAUGAAGGAAGGCGCGCUGAGGAUGUGGGGCAGCAAGACGACCGUUGCCGAUCUCACCGUUUUCCAAGUGAUCGACGGGCUGCAGUUCGCGUUGCCCAAAUGCAUGCAGAAGCUGAAGGACAGUGGGAAGUACAAGCACGUGUUCAGGCUACACAAGGAGAUUCGAGCCGAGCUGAAGGGGUAUCUGAAUAGCGACAGGAGGAAGCCGUACUCGGACGGAGUCUUUAGGCACUACCCUGAACUUGACGAUGAGUAG